AUGGAGGGAAAAUAUCCCACACAAGUUAAAAAUCUAGAAUUACAGAUCUGAGUGAACAUUGAGGAUUCCCCUUUGUAUUACCGACCUAUUUGGUUUCUUAAAUAAAAACCCAGACAACUGUAAGAGUCUAUUUUGGAGUCAAUUUUGAAACCACAAAUCGCUAUAGGUUAGGUUACAAAUUUCACGGAACUCACCGGUACAGAAAUCUAGUUUUCCCUGUGCACCUGGGCUAUAUAUAUAAGGGUGAUGCGCUGAAUUUCUGAGAAGAAGUUUGCACAAUGGCGAAUAAUAUCAUGGGCAGAUCUGGGUCACUGAACAAUGGGUUUCUCAAACCAGAUGCUUUUGGGCAGCAUAUGAUUAGUCUGAUUUCCAAUCUGUGCUUUGCAAUGUUUGUGAUAGGAGUAAUAGUGUUCACUAUCUUGGCUGCAACAUACCAGCCAGAGGACCCAUUUCUCAAGAAUUCCGAAGCUGCCUCCGCAUUGCUCAUCACCACAUCCAAUGCCACCUUCGCCGUUGAUGAAUCAGUUGUCAAAACAGGGGAAGAUUUUGUGGCCACCCAAAAUGGGCAAACUACUCCAGUGGAGUUAAAAUCCAUUUCUAAAUCGGAAGUUGAAGCAGUGGUGGCCACAGUAGCAGAAGAUGCUCCUGUUUCUUGUGAUUCCGGUGAUGCAGAGAUAGAUUGCUCGGAAAAUGAAAUCCUGGCUGCCAUCAUGAAGUACUGCAUGGAAAACUUUCAGGAUAUCAAGUUUUACAGAUUUGGGAAGCCUGUGAGAGGAUCUAAUGCUAGCUCCUGCGAUGUGUCUUGGAGAUUCAAGCCUAAAGAGGGCCCCAAGGCCAAUGUCAUGUAUAAGGAUUACAGGAGGUUUUACUUGGCUAGGUCUCGGCCAUUUUGUAAUUAUACUGUUGUUGGUGCUGGGGAAUGGCACUCUGGGAAGAAUGUACGGCGAAAGAAGCAGAAGCAAGCUGGAUAUGAGCCCGAUAGGCUCAAGAACUUACCGGAAGCUGUGCCUGUGGUGGGGGAGACAGUGAAUGAUUCGCUGCCCCAGGUAAAAUCCGAGUCUAGCUUUAGUAAAGGUAAGUAUUUGAUGUAUUCUAGGGGUGGGGAUUAUUGUAAACCUAUGAGUCAGUAUCUGUGGAGUUUUUUGUGUGCUUUGGGGGAGGCCCAGUAUUUGAAUAGGACUUUUGUUAUGGAUUUGGAAGUUUGUCUCUCUGGGAACAAUAAUCCCGGACAUGGGGAUGAGCCGGGCAAGGAUUUUAGGUUCUAUUUUGAUUUUGAGCACUUGAAGGAGUCUGCCAGUGUGAUAGAUCAGGCCCAGUUCUGGCAGGACUGGAACCAGUGGCAAAAGCAAGAUGGGUUGACUUUGACUAUGGUGGAUGAUGUUAGGACCACCCCAGUCAUGCUGAAGGAAACAAUGGAUACCUUGAUCUGGAGAAGGUUUGGGGAGGUCGAGCCUGAUAACUACUGGUAUCGAGUCUGCGAGGGUGAGACUGAGAAUGUGAUACAGAGGCCUUGGCACCUGAUCUGGAAGUCUAGGAGGCUAAUGGAGAUUGUGUCUGCUAUUAGUACUAAAUUGAAUUGGGAUUUUGAUUCAGUUCAUAUUGUCAGGGGGGAUAAGGUCCAGAAUGUUGAUCUGUGGCCUAAUCUGGACCAUGACACUUCCUCUGAUGUGCUUUUGGAGAAGCUUAAGUAUAGAAUUGAUGAGGGCAGGGAUUUGUACAUUGCCACAAAUGAGGCAGACACUAGUUUCUUCGAUCCACUUCGUAAGAGUUACAAGCUCCAUUUUCUGAAUGAUUUUAGUGACCUAUGGGCUGAGAACAGUGAGUGGUACAAUGAGACUGUAGCUGCCAGCUGGGGGAAACCAGUGGAAUUUGAUGGAUAUAUGAGGGUAGAGGUUGACACUGAAGUAUUUUACAGAGGUAAGAGGCAGAUUGAGACAUUUGGUGAUCUCACCAAGGAUUGCAAAGAUGGAGUAGGAACCUGCUCAUCUUGAAAAAUGCUGAUGUUGUGAAGGGGUUCUAGAGCCACAGAAUCUUUCUGCUCAUUUCGGACUUUAGACAGCUUCUGGAGUUGCAAAUCCCAUCUAUAAGGAUUUUGCCUAUUCAUUUUGAAUCCAUUUAUCCUUUAAGAGAAGAAUGCCGGACAUACAAUUAUAUUUCUACUAUAGGGUAGCAAGUGAAGCACUGUAACUUAAUCUUUCUUUUAUUUAUGUUGUCAUUUCUUCAUAAGUGUUCGGGUUGGUCUCCGAAGUCACUUCCAAGUAGAAUCUUAAUUGACCUUAGUCUUUAAUCAGUUUCAACGUAAGGAGUUAAAUAAAUUUUAGCUGUUGGUCUCCUAGAUCAGCAGCUAGAUUUCUUUGCUUGCUUUGGUUCAGAGCGAGGAUACAAGAAGAGUAAUUGGAGGGCAUGCUAUAUGCUUUGUAUUUGUCAAUGAUGUGAUGCUUGGUGCUAAUUCUAAUUAAUGGAUUUGGAGUUCCCAUGUA